AGUUUGAAUCGUGUCGAAGAAGCUUGAGAAUACAAAUAGCAUUACAGUACAGUAUAUAAAGACACACACAGAGAGAAGAAGAGUAUUGACGAGAAAGGGCGAGAGAUGGAAUUAGACCCAGAUGAGGUGUUUGCAGACGAUGAAGAUGAGCUUGAAAGUGCUUCGUACCAGGGAAAAGAAGCAACUAAAGAACUGGUUGUUUAUCUGGUCGAUGCUUCCCCCAAAAUGUUCAGCACUACUUGUCAAUCGGAUAAUGGGGAUGAUGAAUCCCAUUUUCAUGUCGCUGUAAGUUGUAUUGCGCAGUGUCUAAAGACUCAAAUUAUUAACAGCUCUUACGAUGAGUUGGCCAUAUGCUUCUUCAAUACUAGAGAGAAGAAGAAUAUCCAAGAUCUAAACGGAGUAUAUGUAUUUAAUGUGGCUGAUCGUGAGUACUUGGACAGACCAACAGCGAGGCUUAUUAAAGAAUUUGAUUACAUAGAAGAAUCGUUUAGCAAACUAAUUGGGAGUCAGUAUGGUAUAUUAGCCGGGUCUAGGAAUAAUUCUCUUUACAAUGCUCUUUGGGUUGCUCAGGCACUUCUGCGCAAAGGGUCUACUAAAACAGCUGAUAAACGAAUACUCUUGUUUACAAAUGAAGAUGAUCCAUUUGGAAGUAUCAACGGAAUAACAAAGAAGGAUAUGAUAAGAACUACGUUGCAGCGAGCCAAAGAUGCUCAAGAACUUGGCAUCUCAAUUGAACUUCUCCCCUUAAAUAGGCCAAAUGAAGAGUUCAAUGCUUCUCACUUCUAUGCUGAAUUACUUGGACUAGAGGACGAUGAUCUAAAUCAGUUUAUGCCCUCAGCAUUGAUGAGGUUUAAUGAUCUGAAAAAUCAACUGAGGAAGCGCAUAUUUAAGAAACGUAAAGUCCGGAGAAUCACAUUUACAAUUGCCAAUGCCUUAUCCAUUGAACUCAAUACAUAUGCUCUGAUCCGUCCAACUGUUCCAGGGCAAAUUACCUGGCUUGAUUCUGUCACUAAUCUUCCCUUGAAGACUGAAAGGUCAUUUGUUUGUACGGAUACUGGAACGUUAUUGCAAGAGCCUCCAAAGCAAAGUCAAUCUUACAAGAAUGAGGAUAUUAAAUUUUCUUCACACGAGCUUUCAGAAAUCAAGCGUAUCUCUACUGGUCAUCUUCGUCUAUUAGGUUUCAAGCCUUUGAGUUGCUUAAAGGAUUAUCACAAUCUGAGGCCAUCAACGUUUCUUUUUCCUAGUGAUGAGGAAGUGGCUGGAAGUACAUGUGUCUUUAUUGCUCUCCACAAGUCUAUGCUUAAGCUCAAGCGUUAUGCAGUUGCAUUUUAUGGAAGUUCUACCCAUCCUCAGUUGGUUGCCCUCAUUGCACAAGAUGAGAUACUUACUGGUGGUGGUCAGGUUGAGCCUCCAGGAAUGCACAUGAUAUACCUUCCUUAUUCUGAUGACAUACGACAUACUGAGGAGGUUCAUACAUAUACAGGUGGCACAGCUCCUCGAGCAACUGAUGACCAUGUUAAAAAAGCCACUGCUUUAAUGAGACGCAUAGACCUGAAAGAGUUCUCAGUAUGCCAGUUCGCUAAUCCUGCCUUACAGAGACACUACGCAAUGGUCCAAGCUAUGGCACUUGAUGAAGAUGAGGUGCCUGAGAUAGCAGAUGAAACUCUUCCAGAUGCCGAAGGCAUGGCUAGACCCGGAGUUGUUAAAGCAUUGGAAGAAUUUAAACUUUCUAUAUAUGGAGAGAACUACGAGGAAGAGGUUGACUUAGCUGUUGGGGGAAAGGGAAAUGCACUUGCCAAGAAAAGGAAAGCUGAAGAUGCUGCCAAGGAGUCUACUAACUAUGAUUGGUCCGAAUUAGCAGACAAUGGAAAGUUGAAGGAUUUAACUGUGCCAGAACUGAAGUUGUAUCUAACGGCCCAUAGCCUUCCUGUGGCUGGGAAAAAGGAAUUACUGAUCAAUAGGAUUCUAUCACACCUGGGCAAAUGAGUAUAUAUAGCACAUUAGCUUCAUCUAGUUUAAGCUCAUAUUCAGGGAAAUCAAUCUCUCUUCUCAUUUUGUGUUGCACAAUAUUAAUCUCAUUUCCCGUUUUGUUGUCUAACCAACUUUCGUCUGAGGGGUAUGUAAAUUUGAAGUACUUUGGCUUUGAAAAGUAGUGUAUGGUUUUAGCAGGGCGUCUUUA